UAAAUGGUUUUCUUAUGUGUGUUAUGUAAAAUUUAUUAAUAGAAAAUAUUAUAUUAAUCUUGCUGACAUGGCCGAAUAUCGAAAUUUACAUGUUAUACCAUUAAGUUUAUUUAUUUUAAUGCCUGUGACGUUUGUCAUCACAUACUUUAUUGCUGUGUUUUGGGAUCAUGUUCAUCCAACAUUACCAUAUAUAAGUGAAACAGGAGCAUUUUCACCAGAAAGUUGUAUAUUUGCACAAUUUUUAAAUAUUGCUGCUUUAUUAUUAUUAUGCUGGGUUUACAUUCGACAUCGACAAAUAUCAAAAUUUUCAGAAUUACAACCAGAAAAUAGAGUAUCAAACACAGCAAAUAAUUUGGCAACAAUAUUUGGUAUAAUUGGAUGUAUUGGAUUAGAUGUUGUUGCUAAUUUUCAAGAAUCUAGAUCAGUUGGUAUUCAUAUGAUCGGGGCAAUGACGUGCUUUGCUGCAACGAAUAUAUAUUUUUGUAUGCAAACAGUAUUUUCAUGUAAUUUGCGUCCAUACAUAAACAGUUUACGCAUGAUUUACAUUCGAGCAGUCAUCAAUUUUUUAAGUGUUGCAUUUACUGUUAGUACCGUUUUACCUGGCUCCAUAUCGAUGCAACAAUUUAAUGGUACAGAUUAUAAGAAAUGGUUACCUUCAGACGGAGGAUGGCAUUGGCACAUGACUAGCGUUAUCUCAGAGUAUUUUCUAACAUUAUCAUUUUGUGCUUAUUUAUUAACAUUUGUACAUGAAUUUCGAAGAAUACAUUUCUAUUCACCAGAAAUCGAAUUAAAUUUAGAGAUGAAAUCAAAAGAUACUGUUUCGAAGAAAAAUCUGGAAGUAAAUUUAUCAACAGAUUCUAAUGGGUAUAAAUCAUAGCCACAAGUAUUACACGUAUGAUGGAAGAUACUUACAAACAGAUGGAACUUUUUUUGUAACGCAAAUUACCUACGUCGCCAAAGAAAAACCAUUUUAAGCAACAUCAUUGUAAUAAACGCAUUUAUUUUAA